UGUGUGUGUGCGUAUGCGUAUGUGUAUUUGUAUGAGUCAUAACAUGUGUAAAAUCGAUUUACAUCCGAUAAGUGGUGUAGCAUUUAAAUUUGUUUAACGGUAGUGGAUUUGGUCAAUGUGACUUGUUUAUAUUUAUAUCCAUGGAAUGACAAUCUAUAUGGAUUACCAUAAUUCACAUUAUGAUUUGAUAAACCAACACUAACUUAACCAUAUUAUGAUGGAUCAAUGUUUUCGUAGACUUAGAAGCCUUUCCACUCCUAAAUUAAAAGAUGACCGAUUAUAUAAUAAUGAUGAUGAUGAUGAUAUUCAAUAUUCAAUGCCACCAUCAAAAAAUCGAAGUGAAUUAGCUUUAAUGGAUUUACAUCAAUCAUCUGAUUUAAUCGUGGUUUCUAAGCCAAAUGUUCAUUCAUUGAUAAAACUUGGAAGAAAUCAUGAUUAUAAAGAGAAUUAUGAGAAAUACUUAAAUUUAACAAUAAUACAAAAACCAAUUUUAGAUUAUCGUUUUACACCACCAUUAAAUAGAUCAUUGAUCUCGUGAGUUUCAUUUCAUUUCUACAAACUAUUUAUAGUCUAUUCA